CUGACUUGAAAAAGGGAGCUCUUGUAAUUUGUGAGCUUCACACUUCAGAACUGAACUUCUGAAUCUUUCUCAAACAUCUUUGAGACACUUGAAGGCAUCAUGGAUAACGGUACAGACGACUACAUCGAUUACUAUGAUAUGGAAAACCUAAACAACUCAUGCGAGUAUGAAGAACUGCCAGUCUCGUACUCUCUCAUCCCUGUCCUCUACAUGCUCAUCUUCAUCCUGGGCCUUUCAGGUAACGGCGUGGUCAUCUUCAUCGUCUGGAAGGCAGAGAGCAAGCGCAGAGCGGCAGACGUCUACAUUGGGAACCUGGCCAUGGCAGACCUGACGUUCGUGGUGACCCUGCCACUGUGGGCCGUGUACACAGCGUUGGGGUAUCACUGGCCGUUCGGUGUGGCCCUGUGCAAGAUCAGCAGCUAUGUAGUGAUGCUCAAUAUGUUCGCCAGUGUCUUUUGCCUCACCUGCCUGAGCUUGGACCGAUACCUGGCCAUUGUGCGCUCUCUGAGCAGCUCGCAGCUCCGAACCCGUGGACGGAUGAGGUUUUCGCUCGCCGCCAUUUGGGUUUUCUCAGGCUUAUUGGCGUCACCCACACUGCUGUUCCGCACCACCCUGCAUGAUAAGGAGAGCAACCAUACUUCCUGCGCCAUGGAUUUCAGCCUUGUGUCAAGCAACGAGACUGAGAGGUUUUGGAUCGCCGGAUUGGGCAUCUCGUCCACUGCCUUUGGGUUCCUGAUCCCAUUGCUGGCCAUGAUGGUGUGCUACGGCUUCAUCGGCUGCACCGUGACACGCCACUUCAACAAGAACCUCCGCAAAGAGGACCAGCGCAAGCGGCGCCUCCUGAAGAUCAUCACAACGUUGGUGGUGGUGUUCGCUGCCUGCUGGAUGCCUUUCCACCUUCUGAAGAGCAUGGAUGCCCUGUCCUACCUCGGGAUCGUGCCUGAUUCCUGCUCCAUGCUCAACUUCCUGCUGUAUGCUCAUCCUUAUGCCACCUGCCUCGCUUAUCUUAACAGCUGCCUUAACCCGUUUCUCUAUGCUUUCUUCGACCUGCGCUUCAGAUCCCAGUUUUUGUGCCUCCUGAACCUGAAAAAGGCGCUCCAACCAAGCCCGGCAAGUUCUCUCUCUUCACAAAAGACUGAAGCACAAUCUCUAGCCACUAAGGUGUGAAGUACAGAGAUGUUUUUUUUUUUUUUUUUACAAAAGGAAGUCAUCUCGUUUAAACCUUCGCAACUUGAUGGUAAACCUACUGAUCUUGGACAAGCAACCAUAGACUCUCGCUUGUGUAUCGCACCAAAUGGUCUUAAGAGACUGUUCUUUUUUAUUGACUUGCUCCUUUUUUGAUGAGCACAUUGGUGCAGAUCUGAACACCCUGAGGUUUUCUGGUACUUAGUGCCAGGCUCUUUGGCAUCGCUUCCAGAGAUCAGAGCCCACAGACAGCUGCGUUCCAGACACUAGCGUUGGACGUCUCAUAGACCUCAUGUGGACCCCUUAGGGGACUCAGAGCUGAUGGAGGCAGUCUAGUGGGUGGUCUGCACUACUUACAAGAGACGUUUGCUCUCAACUUUGGCAAAUUAAGUCCUCCAUAAUUUUUAAGCACUUGGUCAUACAUUGAUAAGGGGGUGUCCCAGUGUCUCCUACUAAGCAGUUACCUGUUGUCUUCAUCACUGGGGAUCAGACUGUUGGGGAGGGGGCGGGGGGUCUUAUGGGGGUGUUAGCUGAGGAGAAGUGUUGCAGCUUGAUUAAAGCGUGGUGUGUGUGUGUGUGUGUGUGUUUGGGGGGGGGGGGGCUCAGAAUGCCAGAUGGCAACUGACAAAUGCUGUUGGAGGGGCCGAGUUAAUAAGUGGCAGCUUUUACAAAUGACAGACUGCUGCUGCUGCUGUGUCUGUGUGUAUGUGUGUGUGUCUAGACAUAUAUGGAAUGUAAUAGGUAGCUAACCUUCAUGAAUUUAUCAUUUUCUCAUGAUCAACUGCUGUAUGACACUGCUAUAAAAUGAUCUGUAAAUAAAAAAAUGUUUAUUCCACUCAAAACUCCUUAGUGUGUAUAGUGUUGUGAUGUGUUUGAUGCUAUAAAACACUGCUGGAAUGUCUUUAGCAUUGGGGAAUGUACGUAGUUUUCCGGUUUCACCCCGAGCAGUUAGCUCGGCCAUUGUCCAAAAUCAAAACAAGAGUCUUUGCAGGAAAUGCACGUUACACACCGGUUUCCCUUCGGCUCCUCGACCGGCCCGAAACUGUCUGUGUGGCUUUACAAACUCCUGCCAUUUCUUUUAAUGAAUUGAGGUGGACAUGUUUAAUAGAGAAUAUGAUUUUGCAAAAACAAAACAAAAGAGGGUCAUACUGCAU